AACCUCUAGUCAAGAGUGUUACUCUUCUAAAUGAUAAAUAAUAGCAAAGCUUUUCUUCAUCUUGUUUCAAACUAAUUGAAUCAGACAUGUAGGGUUAUGAAUAAUCCCUUGCAGUCAUGUGAUGCAAAAUCGUCCCUGUGCUGAAUCCCAAGCCAUUCGAGCAUCCGCAUCGAAAGGAUGUGUUGAAAACUUCGGUCAUUACAAAAUACAUCUGAACCUUGUUACUUUUGGCUAUUUUAAAUGUACCCCUAAAGUAGACAUUGAUAGUCUUGUAUUAUUAGUUUGAGAUUAAAGGUGAAUUGUAAUGUCUAGAUGGAGAAGGGACCCAGAGAAAUGAGGCUGCCGGAUGCGAACUUGAACAUUUUCGGUUAAGUGGCAGAGCUUUUGUUGGUUAUCGUCCUAUUAAGUGAUGGGUCAGCGACUCAGUGAGGAGUCUGAUGAUAAAGAGAUCGAUGUUGCUGAACUGCAGGAGUGGUAUAAAAAGUUUGUGGUGGAAUGUCCGAGUGGAACCCUCUUCAUGCACGAGUUCAAGAGCUUCUUUGGUGUAAGCGGCAACCAGGAAGCAGCAGAUUACAUAGAAAACAUGUUUCGUGCUUUUGACAAAAAUGGGGACAACACUAUUGAUUUUCUGGAAUACGUCGCAGCUUUGAAUCUGGUGCUGCGAGGGAAACUGGAGCACAAAUUAAAAUGGACCUUUAAAAUGUAUGACAAGGAUGGGAGUGGCUGCAUUGACAAAACAGAACUGAAGGAGAUUGUGGAGUCAAUCUACCGACUUAAGAAAGCCUGUCAUGGUGAACUUGAUGAAGAGUGUAACCUGCUGACCCCAGAUCAGGUGGUGGACCGAAUAUUUGAACUAGUGGAUGAGAACGGAGAUGGGGAGUUGUCUCUGGAUGAGUUCAUCGACGGGGCACGACGUGACAAAUGGGUGAUGAAGAUGCUGCAGAUGGACGUUAACCCUGGAGAUUGGAUCAAUGAACAGCGACGUCGAAGCGCCAACUUCUAAACAAACUCUUACACUUUCAACACAAUUCUGCCCUCUUAACUUAAACAUUACAUAAUUUAUACAUAGUUUCUCAAUUACAAAUGUUAGUAAGAAUGUUACUUUUCAGAUUGUCUUUUUUUAUCAAAUAGGGUGUAGAAAGGAUUUUUGCAGAAAAUGACCUUAUGCCUCUCCUUUACUUAUAUUACAAAUUUUAUCUUUCAUCUCUACUUUCAUCUGUUUUGAAACUACAUUAUAUUUAAAUGUAUAUAUUUAUUUCUUUUUUCAUUAUUUAUUAUUGUUAUGAGCAGCUAUUUAUUGACUAUUACUUUUGUGGUAUAAUAUCUGACAGUGGUGGCCAGUAACUUCUUUUUUCGUGGGGGCUCAAUGCAAAGUUCGUCACAACAUGUAUGUGGCCCGUCAUGUGUGUGGUUCGUCAUUUCAAAAUCUGCACGUCGAGUGAACCUAUGUGCAUCACGGGUCUUGUCAAAAUAAGUGCCUGCUGCAGACGCGUCUAAAGGGUUUAUGAUAAAAGAGACGAUCACGUUUGCCAGAUACUCGCAUAAUCUCAUGCGUAAUCACAGUUUAGGGAGUGUCUUGCGUGUAUUUUGUGAACGUGAGCGCCUCUUUUAUUCUAAACAGUUUUGACGCGUGUGCAGCAGUCACUUAUUUUGAUGCACAUGGUUUACAUGACACAACAAACAAAUUUUUUGAAAACACGAGCAACACACAUGACACUUCGAACACAUAUUUUGAAUUACCGUCCCUCGGAUGAGCAGUCACGAGACGCCACUGAUAUCUGAUGCGUUUGGGUUUAUCUCAGAUAUUACACAAUUAAAUAACAGCAAUAUAAUAUUGGCAUAUGAUUUUGUAAAUAAAGUAAAGAAUAGGAUCUUUAAAGCAGUGGUUUUCAAACGUUUUCCCGUUAUAUAUGGUGCAUUCCUACGUGCCCCCCCCAAAGAAAAUUUAUGCCACAAAAUAUUCCAAACCGUAAUAUUUGAAUUAAACAAAGAUAUUAAAUUAUACAAUGUAGUGCAUUUGGUAAUAGGCUUAUUUUUCUGAUGUUUAUUUAGACAGAAUUUCUGAUAAAUACAUAUAUUUUAUAAAAUUUCAUGAAACUGGGACCCCUUUGCACAAUCUCAGGGCCCCCACGAUCCCCAGUUUGAGAACCACUGCUUUAGAGUCACAUUAUAAAUGUGGUAGCAAUUGCUUCUGUAAAUUUCUCAAAAAUGUACUCAUUCUUUGCAAUGUACUGUGCUAUUAUAAUAAAUGAAUUUUUUUCUCAUUUCA